AUGCCCGAAUAUGUGCGAGAACUCGCCGAAAUCAGCGUCAAAAAGUCAGUUGAUAUGGGAUCGCCGAGUGUGACAGAAACCAUGGCGCUGCCCAAGACCCAGUCAGAGGUUGGCAAGGAGAUAACGGCGUGGCAGAAAGGCUAUGAUUGUGAGGCAGAAAAAGACAAGCCUGUUCAGAAGUCAAACAGAAGCGUACCCUAUAUUGGCAUAAGACGUGGCUUCAUGAGCGCCAUUGCAUUGCCAACGAUUCCUCUCUGGUUCAUAUGCCUCUCUCUACGGUCUCCAACGGUAAAGUGCUCAAGCUUUCUUGAACAUUCGUACGGAGAACCUCAGCCUGAGUUCUUCAGAUACUUUGUUAUUAACUCUGUACACGUACAAUUUACGCUGUCCACCCACUUUGCAAUAUUUUGGCACAUCUGGGCUCAUAGCAGCUCGAGCAUUCUCAGCAAGCGCAAGAUCAAAGUAUGCAGAAGCAUGACACCCAAAUCUGAUUGUCCUCCAUUGCGACGAUAUCAUGUGAAUACUGGUGAUGCCGCUGCCAAGUCUCGAAACCGAUUCUCGACCACCCACAAUUUUGUUGUUCAUUACGCGUCGGCGAGACGCCAAAUACUGUCCGAUAUCUACAAAGGAGGCUUGGCUACAAGGCUACAUCUAGGAGAGGAGCGAGGCGGUGGAGAGGAUGGUGACACCGCGAAGUGUAGGCGCCGGCAGUCGACAUCAAUAGUUGGCCACCUACGUCUCCGAGAACGAAGAACAUAG